AUGUAUUUUUCAUGGGCCUUUGUUGCGGUCACCGCCUUGGCUACCUUUGGCCGUGUUCUCGCCCUCCCUCUCGAGGGCACCCCCGUCGAGUCCCGCCAAGAUAGCGAGGCGGCUCUUCCCAAGAUUGAUCCUUCGAUGAACCCUGUCGAUGCCCUCCAGGAGCUCCAGUCCGCAGUCGAGGAGGCCAUGCCCCCCCGAGAACCGCAACAAGGGUCCCAAGAAGUGCACGCUCGCUACCGCGCGUGUGCGAAAAGACUGGGCGGCUCUGACCAAGCGGGAGAGAAAGGACUGUGUAGUCUUCCCUCCAAGGGACCCGAGGAAUGGGGCGCGGCCCAGACUCGGUACGAUGACUUUGUGGCGCUCCAUGUCAACCUGACCUUGUCCGUCCACGGAAGCGGUCUGUUCCUCGCCUGGCACCGUGCAUUUGUCUGGUCCUACGAGACUGCCCUUCGUGACGAGUGCGGCUACAAGGGCACACAGCCUUACUGGAACUGGUUCGCCGACACCGAGGACCUGACCAAGAGCCCUGUCUUUGACGGCAGCGACACCAGCCUGGGUGGCGACGGUGAACUCGUGCAGCACAAUGGCAGCCUCGGCGGUGCUCGCCACAUCUACCUCCCGUCCGGCGCCGGCGGUGGUUGCAUCAAGAGCGGCCCCUUCAAGGAUGCCUCCGCCUCCAUCGGCCCCUUCAACCCUGCCAUGGACGGCCUCGGCCCCGUGGUCCUGGACCUAUCCGUCUACAACCCCCGCUGCAUCCAGCGCGACCUGAACAGCUACGCCAUGGGCAGAUGGUACACGACCGCCAAACUGCUCAACUCCGAGGUCCAGGGCCGCUACCCGGACCAGUUCCUCGGGCUGCACACCACCGGCCACCACUACUCUAUUAACAGCGACAACGCGGACCUGUACUCGUCCCCCAACGACCCUGCCUUCUUCCUCCACCACGCCUUGUUCGAUCGCCUGUACUGGAUGCACCAGAUUCUGCACCCCGCCGAGGCUCGCGAGGUGGCUGGCACAGUGACGCUGCAGGACAGGCCCCCGAGCCGGAACGCGACGGUGGAAGAUAUUCUUGACAUGGGUGCUGUUAGCGAAAGUCAUCCCAUCAAGGACAUGUUUGACACGCUUGGAGGGGAUUCUUUGUGUUCCAUUUACUUGUAA